CUUUCAUUGAGUAAGCUCAAAACAUUGCUUUCAUUGAAAGUUGAUAAUUCUACGACUUGAUCCUAUAUCUUUGUUAAUCUUUAUCCCAGUCAAGUCAGAUAUAUCAUAAAGUCUGAGGAGAAAAUGAACUGCUUGUAACAUGCUUUGUUGCACUGAACGACGGAUGGUUCCAGGCUUGUUCGAGUGGCCGGUCUCUGACUGUGUGCUGCUGGUAACAGGCGGGCUGGAACCAUGUCAGGACUAGCACAUGCUCCCAGCAUAAGGAACCUACCAACUGGAAAGAUGGAGAACAUUAAGAAGAUGUUCGAGUCUGAGGGAGGAAAUAACAAACAAGACAGACCCAGGGAUACCUCCCCCGCUGUCAGCAUGCGAAACAAAAUGAGCUCUCCCAGGCCGACUCCUCGGAAAGUUUUACCAGUCCAGUCGAUGCCCAUAGACUUGAAAUCCACUUCUGAUCCACCUCCAGGAUUUGGUAUCUCAAAUAUAAAGAGGGAGCAGCAACUGAAGCAUCAUUCUUAUGGUGCAAAAAGUACGGACAUCGUUACACAAGCUCAUGUUAGUCCCAGUGUCUUGAAACGCAUCAGUGCUCUACAAGACCCAGACAGUAACAAGGAUGAAGAUUCAGUCAAACUCACAAAACCUGCUAAGCCGAAAUGGAUGAAGAACAUCGAAGAUGUAGAUGGAACGACUUCGGAUGUGAAACCUGUUGCAAGUAACAGGGCAGGUAAACGAGAAGUCGUCAGCUGUUACAGCAAGAUGUCGUCUGCGGGUAAUACAUCGCCAGAGUAUACGUCUAAGCUCGUCUCAAAAUCAAAAACUGAUGGUUGUAUUUAUAAGCCUGGAAAGGUCGACCAGUGUGUCCCUACAAUAAAGGUGACCGACGAAGACCUAAAGUCACAGACAAAAGCUGUAGCAAAAGCUGCAGCAGACGUUGGAUGUGAGAAACUGAAAAAUAAUAGCAGUGAUGAUGAAAAGAGACACUCAGAAACAUGGGUGGGUGCCAUUGGAGACAGACAGAGUGGUGGUAAAAAUGCUGACAAAACAAUCUCUGGUGGAACUGGUAUAUCCCAGACGAAAAAGGUUAGUGAAAGAAUAAAUGAAGGUCAAGGUCAGGGACAGAACAAAAGAAAUCCCACAAAGAUAUCACUGGCUCCUCCUCCUAGACCGGCCCAACCACCCAGGGCAAGGCCAAGGUCGGUCCGACAGAACAGCAUAGGUUGUGCUAGUGAGUAUGAAUACUCGCCGAUAUGGGUGGAACACAACAAACAGUUUACUUUCAAGAAUACUCAUUCAACAGAGGUUGGUUCUAGUUCAAAGACGUCUCAUGUUUCAGAUAAAAGUCUCGGUGCAGCAUCAUCACCACCUUCUGUUCCUUCAGGAGCACCAAGGAAAGCUGUAGACACGUCUGCUCAUGCGAGGCCUGUUGGUCCCCCACCUCCUCCUCCACCUAGAAAACCCCCCAGAACAGGUGCUCAUGAUAUUUACAUUGAAACAAAACUACGGAAAUCAAAGGAAGUGGAGUUGAUUGACAAUAUAUUGUAUGUACCUUGUGAAACCGAUGUGCGGGAUGGUGCCAACAGAUCGGUUAGAUCCAGGAUUUCCUCCUUGCUGGAGAGUCAGCUACAAACCAAAGAUGACUCCGUUAUUCACAGACAUCCUAAACCAUUCCAACCUAACAUGUCAAAACGGCCAAUUUCCAUUGCCACCGAUUGCAUGAAUGUUUCUCAGCCUAUCAACUCUACGAGAGUGAAGCCAGACUUGCCACGGAGAAUCCGACACGAGUAUGAGGAGAUCAAAGAGAUUGAUGACCGACCGGUCAAGGGCAAUGUUGUCCGAGCGGCCGUGGAUGAGCUAACCCACAGACCACUGCAGCGCUUUCCGUUACGCAAAAGUUUCAGUUCGGACAAUCUGUGUUUUGUUAAUACGUUAGACGAUGUCCCGGUGUAUAUCGAUUCUGCCCUGUCAAUCGGUUUUGAUAAAUUCCAAGAUGACAGGUACGAAGCAUAUGUUGACGAAGAAGGGUAUGCUGUCCCUCAUGCCUUUGUGAAGAGACACCCUGGAGAAAAACGCUGUUUGGAUAAAAGUCUGUCUUCGGCUGCUGACAGUGGUGCAAAAUCCAGAAUUGGAGUAUUUCGCAAACGAAUAAUAUCUGAUGGGCAGGACAGAUCAAUCCCUGUACAGGAACAAGACCCGACAAAAGUGAACAAGAGGAAGAUGAAUCAGGUUAAACAAAGGUUGAAUGAUGCAUUUGCAGCUAUUCAGAAAUAUGUUCGACAUGACCAGGAACUGGAUGUAGAUGAAAAAUGUGCUGACGGAGACACGAUAUCAGUGGACUCUGAUGGGUCUAUUGACAAACAGGAGAUCAAAAAACGUGUGGAGUAUAUUAGCAGUGUCAAGCAAAAAACAUACCAGAGCAUCAAGAAGAGGUAUGAGUUCAUGUCCAAGAUCUACCCACAGCUGUUCGAAUACGCUCUCGUCGUCGGGCUCAAGUCGCUGCCAGGGGGCUCUGGUUACAAGCCGUACAUCAUCCACAAGUUCCCAGAAAUAAGGACAUAUAAAGUGAAUAGUGAAGGCCAACUCUUUAUUUGUAGCAACAUGGUAGACAGCAAUAUGUCUGUGCCUUUAUUCUGUUUUCCGGACGCUGCUGAAUUUGAAUCAACAGGAAGCACAGUGAGUGAGUCUUACCAUUUUGUUCUGACCAACAUCGAUGGAGGGAAGGUAUAUGGCUAUUGCAGAAGAAUGCAGCCUCCAGAAUCGAAGCUGCCUGAAGUUAUUUGUAUCAUCAGUCCAAUAGAUGCCUUUAACAUGUAUAAUUCACUGUUAAAUGAAAUAGAGAAGAAGCGUAAUGUUUCUCUUGACCUGGCCCAGGAGCUGCUGGCCGCGUCAUUCGGCCGACCUCUGCCAAACCCAGGCAAGGUCGUUCACAUCAGAGCACUGGAUCAAGCUGGGGAAAUGGAAACUAUUUUCUUGACUCGGCCGUCAGAUAGCAGGUUGGAAAAUGUUAACUAUGAGUGUCUGCAGAACUACCUCGGUACAGACAAACUUCUGAGGGUUUUCUCAACACUCCUUAUGGAGCGGAGGGUUCUCAUUUGUGCAAGUAAUUUGAGCUGUCUGAGCCACACGAUCCAUGCUCUUGCUGCCCUGCUGUACCCAUUCCAGUGGCAGCACAUCUACGUGCCGAUCCUGCCACAGGACAUGCUGGAUGUGUGCGCCUCGCCUACGCCGUUCCUCAUGGGCAUUCUGUCGUCGCACCUCAACCAAGUGUUGACGCUACCACUCGAAGAGGUGCUUAUUAUUGAUUUGGAUAAGAAAGAGAUCGUGCUUUCAGUUGGUGACGAAUCAUCCAUCAUCCCGAAGAAACUACAGAAAGCUCUGAAAACAGCCAUCAACAUGUGCAAAUUAGACGCAGAUGCUCAAAGUUCUCAGUGGUUGAUGGUCUCGGAGGCCUUCUUGAGGUUUUUUGUUGAGACGAUCGGACAUUUCGGAGAACAUAUCAGGACUCAGCAGGAUGGCAAGAAAGUGUUUCUGAAGGAGCUGUUUGUGUCUUCUGUUGCAUCCAAGGGAAUCCGACACCUGCUGGAGUGGUUUUCAGAGACUCAGAUGUUUGAAGUGUUCGUCACAGAUAACCUUGAGAAAACACACUGGGGAUCUGUUGAUCUCUUCAUGUCACGUUUGGCGGAGUAUCAGAAGUGUGAUGACGGCAGCAGCUCAGGACUUGGUAAAAGAGUGAUGAACUUCUUACGCAAACUUUGAAAACUUCUUGAACCAAAGAGAUCUGUGAUCAUCGUGUAUCUAGAACCUCACAUCGUGAUGAUGAUGAUGAUGAUGAUGAUAGUGAGAGGUCGGUGAAGUGCCAGGAUUUUUAAUUUCACAUUAUCAACAGGCCCAUGAAGUGUAUAGAAAGUGAGGGGGCCACUGUCCAUGCAGUUUGAAAAUGGAGAGACCACUGUCAGGUGGAUGACUCCGGGAAUGGAAAUAUAAGGACCCAAAUGGUCUGGACCUGAUAAAGGGGGAAUUGGACAGCAUGCUCUCCUGAGUAAAUUUAGAAUUUCAAGUGUUCAAAUACAGCAUUUCCAGCAUUUUGAGCACAUUAACAGUAAAACGUUGAAGAAGGGCAUGGACCCUGUGCCCCCUCCCCCAUUUCCACAGCCCUUGAUGUAGCAAACAUUUACUGGCAUAUUUGUAUAAGUUAUCUGCAUGAUGUUUAUGAUUUGUGUUUUAUAUAGGGAGGUAUCAAUGUAUGCUAGUUGUGAUAUGACCUGUACAUUGACACAUACAUAUUUGGUAUUUGUGUUCAGAACCAUUUUAUAUGACUAAGGAAAUAUUUUAUGGUUGUGUGCUAAUGUUAACAGAGAAGAAUUUGGGGUUUUUUAAUAUUGAUUGUGGUGUGCUAUGGCUUUUGAAUUGUAAUGCUCUCUGAUAAUCUUGCAUAAUUGCAGUGAAAUGACUGUUUGAAUAAAUGUCAAAAAAUUAAUCGGUGAAAAAGAAAAUCUUAGUAUGAUCAACUGCUGCUAAUUUUCUUGUGUUAACUAUUUGAAAGGAUGUUAACAUUUCUGUGUAAACUGUUUUUUAUGUUGUUUUUACACUUUAGUUCAUUGAUAUGCUAUAAAAAGAGUACCAGUUAAAAUACAGUGUGCCUAUUACUGACAAUAAUGGCUACCAGAGAGUAUGAUCAAUUAAUGUUUUUUUGUUUUUUUUUCAGAUGUAUGCAAUCUGUUCUGUAUUUUGUUGUUAUUCAAAUAUUUGAUUUUUGAAUCUUUGAGAGUUACAUAAACAAAUAAUAUUAUUAUGAUACUGAUGGAGAAAAUUUCUGGGUUGUAUGCAUUAUUUAUACUGUGAAAUAACUUAAAACAUUAAGAAAGUUGUUUAGUAAAUAAUUUCAUUAAUUUUAUAUUGAGGGAGAUAAUUUCACCACUCAUCUGUGGCAUUUUCAGAAGGCUGAGCAUUUAUGAACUACUUGACUGGUAAUCACUGGUUUCUAUCAUAUCACAUUCCUCUAACAUUAAGCACAAAAACCAGUAUAGCGAGCCAACGCGAUCGCUCGCCCUCUUGAACAUGCCUCUGUUGUAUCCUGUCACACUAUAAGCUAUCUACUGAAUGUAAUAUUUAUAGGGAGAAUAUCUUUUUUUUCUUUUAAAACCCCCACAAAAAACCUCCACAAACAUUUAACACAGAGACAAAGACAUUUUUGUAUUUUGGACAUUACAAACAUGGAUGAUGAUGAGAGGACUACUUGACAGGUCCGUGCUCCCUGCUUGCUGUCAGAUGAGCUAUCUUAGUAUCACCCGAGCCCUGGGUACACGGAAACCUGCAGUGCAUGCCGGGUAAUCAUCCCCUAUGUGGAGUCAUACACUUAGGAGACACAUCCAUAAUCGUACGUGAAGUGGGUGAAACUCGGUGUAUGUGCGCUUACACCUACCCAUUGAGCCUAGCAGUCCACUCACUCUAGGUUGGAGCCGAUACUGUCAUGAAAAAUCCCCCAUUGCUUCAGGUGGGAUACGAACCCAGUACCUACCAGCCUCAUGUCCGAUGACAUAACCACUACACCACCGAGGCUGGUUAUAGUGAGAAUUACUUGCCCUUCUUUUUAUAAUUUUAUUAUGAUAUUCUUACUGUUAAAAACCCAUGCUGUUAAAAUAACCUCUAGGUAAUAGUUCUCUGGCUAUAUUAAAGGAAUUUUGGUUCUGGGACUAUAAAUUCAGUGUCCAUUUGUUUUCCUUUCUAUAAUUUUUAUUUUUUAUAUGGAGGUAUGCAUUAAGAUUUUUUUUUUACAAUUUAUGUUUUGUGACCAAUUUUGUUCUUGUUACUGUGUAGUUUGUCUCACUCUGUAGAUAUUUUGCCCUUUUUUUCUUCUUUUUUUCUGAUGUUAUGAAUUAUACAUUUAUUUCCAGUUUGAAUACUAAUUUCAUUGAUGUUGUCUCAGUGAGCAUAUAAAUUUGUCAUUUAAAGUCACAGACCCUAGUUUCAGCCAGCGAAAAUGGACACAGAAAUGUAAGACAUCUGGAUAAAAUUAUAAUAGAGUAAAGGAGGAAAGACAACUUUAUUAAUGUGCCCAUAUCUACUGAAGGUUCAGGCACGUCCACCCUGGUCACGAGUUCUGAUUUGUAUCUUCUGAAGGUUCAGGCACGUCCACCCUGGUCACGAGUUCUGAUUUGUAUCUACUGAAGGUUCAGGCACGUCCACCCUGGUCACGAGUUCUGAUUUGUAUCUACUGAAGGUUCAGGCACGUCCACUCUGGUCACGAGUUCUGAUUUGCACCAAAUCUGUCCAGGACAUACUUAUAGAGUAAAACUAAAGUCUGUGCUGUUUUAAAACAGAGAAAUACUGUACAAAAAUAGACUAAAGAUUGUCUUCAUAACCAUCACUUCUCGGAGGUACAUGUGUUUUUAGAAUUAUGACACAUUUAUUUUGGGAUAUCACAAAAACCAGGAUGACCAGAAACACUUGAGAAGUACGAAUAUGUAUAUUCUAAACGGUGAUAGAGAAACGUGUGUUAGUGUUUAAAAACUAGGAUGACCAGAAACACUUGAGAAGUACGAAUAUGUAUAUUUUAAACGGUGAUAGAGAAACGUGUGUGUUAGUGUUUAAAAACUAGGAUGACCAGAAACACUUGAGAAGUACGAAUAUGUAUAUUCUAAACGGUGAUAGAGAAACGUGUGUGUUAGUGUUUAAAAACCAGGAUGACCAGAAACACUUGAGAAGUACGAAUAUGUAUAUUCUAAACGGUGAUAGAGAAACGUGUGUUAGUGUUUAAAAACUAGGAUGACCAGAAACACUUGAGAAGUACGAAUAUGUAUAUUCUAAACGGUGAUAGAGAAACAUGUGUGUUAGUGUUUAAAAACUAGGAUGACCAGAAACACUUGAGAAGUACGAAUAUGUAUAUUCUAAACGGUGAUAGAGAAACGUGUGUGUUAGUGUUUAAAAACUAGGGUCUGUCAUUUUAAAAAUUACUUCAGGUUCUCUUUAUUUACACUAAAUCUUGCAACUUGGUGAAUUUAAAAAAAAAAAAUUAAGUUGGCGAUUGUUUGUUUAUUUUUCCUUUAUUAUUUUUGUCUUUAUACAGUUUACAGGUCCAUUACGUAUAACCCUGGAAUUUCCUCAUUUGACUUUCUGAAUAUUUUUAUGAGUGGUAAUACUACUUACAAUUCCUCAUAUUUUGGUGACUUUUUUUUUCUCUCUUUCUUUUUGUAAGUCGCACAUCAGAAUGUGUCUCAGCACAUUUUGUAAAUGUCAAUGUGACCUAUGGUUAAAUGACUUACUUUAGCUCUUUUUUUCUUUUUUUUUUUUCAAGAUUUAUGUUUGCUUUGAACUUGAGAUCAAAAGACACAGUAGAGGUUUUGUGUUUGCUAUAACUGCUUUAGAAUUGUUGGAUUUCUUACACAGUCUUUAGGAAAGUAACAUUUAGUUGAAAGUGUUGAAGUCCAAGGCCACAUGAUACACAUUUUGUAUUUUAUUUUAUUUAUAGUUACAUGUAUGUUAGCUGCAUUUGACCUUUCCCAGUGAAAUGCUAUUAGUUUGCUUGUUAUUAUGGUACAUGUAUAUGACAAUAGUGUAAUUUUUUUAAUAUCUAAUUAUUUAUGUAAAACAAUUAUCUGAAAUAUGACAAUAAUGACCUUUUAUUAAUAGAGAAUUCAAAUUGCUAUAAAUAGAUCAUGAUACAUGAAGAAAUAUUUGUUUUUAGAACAAACUCAAAAAUGGGUUUAGUAAAAUCCAGGUACACUAGAUUUAAAACAUCCCAACCCCCCAAAAUAAGAAAAAAAGAAAAAAAAGGAGGGUGGGUACUAACCAGUUGAUGAGAUGGGGGUGGGGAUGUGGGUGGUGAUGGGGGGGGGGGGGGGGGGGGUGGAAGAGGGUCUGACAGAAGGCUUUCUAUAGUGGUGACAGAAAUAAACAGUCCCCCAUCGUUUCUGCCUUCUCUGUGUUACUUUAUUACCAAAAGGUAGAUAGAAUUUAUUAAUAUAUUUUCGUACAUGUUGUUUAUUAUCCCCAAAAGCUCAAAAUGUUGUUGAAUUAGUGCGUUGAUGUUGCUGAUAUUGUAAGACUGUGAUAUGAUGUUUUAAAUUUUAUUUUAUUUUCAUCGUUUGCUAUUUGAAUGUAUCAUUUGCAGAUAAUACUAGUGUUUGCUUUGCAUUUGUUUGCUUUGGUACUUUGUCCCUAGUGAUGUGUUUGGUGUUAUAUACAUGUAUUGCAAAGUGCAUUUUUAGUCCCCUACCAGUCCAACCAGAGGGGACUAGAGGUUUCAUCUCAGUCCUUGUCUGUCUGUCUGUCUGUCUGUCUGUCCCACAUAUGUUUUAUGGAUGUGUUUUUUCAGAAGGCCUUGACAUUGAGCUGAGAUUUUGUGUGUAGCUUUAUCAUGUACUAUUACAGAUCAAAGUUUGACUUUCAUGGAGAUUUACCCAUUUUUGACAGAGUUAUGGCCCUUGA